GCGAAAGCUAACUAAAGCUAGCGUAGCACCAGAAUUAAAUAAGCGGUGUCCAGUCGCCAUCAAAUAUUUAUUUUGUCUAAUUAUAAAUAGCUAUCAAGGUAUAAAGGACGGUUCAUUUAAGUGUGGGCAAACGCUGGCUUCAAUAACGCGAGCGGUGUAGCCGCGGCCUAGCUGCUAGCUAACGUUAGCUACGUUAAAUGUAGUUAUCUUCAUCGCCUUUCGCUCCUAAAUUCAGUCCAAAACAACAAUGGCACCGCCGGAUAAACCCGCUUAAUCCGAUAUGUUUCCAGUAAAAGUGAGCACCCAAAGCCGCCAUCAUAAAAUAAUUAGCGUUACCUUGUUUUUUGUAUCUUUUCGCCCAUAAACUUCGCAUCGGCGUACGGUCCCAGAAUACGUAAAAAUCACUUCUUCUCAGGCGUGAAAAUCUGAGGCCAUCGGCGUUCCAUCAUCUUCGGCGAUGACAACAACGUUGGCUCCGCCCCCUCAGAGCGUCACGCAGUCCACUGAUCUAAAAGCAUAGCACGAGCGUGGGCUUCAGGCUUUUAGAGCAAUCCAAGACGUGUGAGCUCGCGCUGGUUUCCGCUGUUAUGAUUGGCUCGUUGUUGCGGGUUGCGUUUAGGGACGUCCGGAUUUUGUAGUUAAUCAGAAUACUAUGCUUUGAACUGAGAAAAAACUAAAUAUGUGGUCCACGCUAUGUACAUUACCGGACAGUACAGCAAAAUGAAUAAUUUCCUGAACAAAUGGCAUCAUUGUUUCGACGGACUUCGUUGUACAGUUGAAUUAAAGAGCAGGCAAGUUCGUAAACCGCUUGCUGGAGGCUUUUAUUUUGACAGCGCGACCCGGAACAUACAAUGAAUCGUCGGUAGUCAAAGGUCCAGAAGUAGACUUUGGCUUUUAAGAAAUUCUUCCACUGUUCAACCUCAUAUUCAGUAUUGCAUGAACUGCAGGGUGAUGUUGAGGAGUGUAUUCAGGUGCCUUAGGACCAAUCCUGUUGCUGGCCAAAGAAGUAUGUCUCAAAGUAGCCUUGCUGGAAAGGUAGCCAUAGUCACUGCCUCCACAGAUGGAAUUGGUCUGGCUGCAGCUCAGGCUCUGGGAAAGAGAGGAGCCCAUGUGGUGGUGAGCAGCCGGCGGCAGGCCAACGUGGACAAGGCCGUGGCGCUGCUACAGAGCCAGAGCAUCCAGGUGACUGGCACCACCUGUAACGUUGGCAAGGGAGAAGACAGAGAACAACUCGUCCAAACGACUCUGGAUGAGUGCGGCGGCAUCGAUAUCCUGGUGUCCAACGCAGCGGUCAACCCUUUCUUCGGAAACAUCAUGGACUCCACAGAGGACAUCUGGGACAAGAUCCUGUCUGUAAAUGUAAUAUCGGCCUUCCUCAUGACUAAGUUGGUGGUUCCUCACAUGGUGAAGAGGGGAGGGGGGAAUGUGGUAUUUGUGUCGUCUGUGGCUGGAUACCAACCGAUGCAGGCUCUGGGCCCUUACAGCGUGAGUAAGACCGCUCUGCUGGGUCUGACCCGGGUGCUGGCCCCUGAGCUGGCUCACAGUAACAUAAGAGUCAACUGCGUGGCCCCCGGAAUCAUCAAGACCCGCUUCAGCUCUGCGUUAUGGGGAAAUGAAGACAUCGCGGAAGAGUUCAAAAAGCAGCUCAGCAUUAAAAGAAUCGGAGAGCCGGAGGAGGUCGGUGGAGUGAUUGCCUUCUUGUGCUCAGAGGAGGCUUCCUACAUCACCGGAGAGACCGUCACGGUGACUGGAGGGAUCGGAUGCCGACUCUGAGUCAACAGACUUGUGUGUUCCUGUGUAGAUAUAUACGUUUUGAUUAUAGUUUGACUGCUCUUCUCAAGUGUUGACACAGCACAGCCAGAAUA